CCAAACCGGGGAAUUUGGAAAACCACUGAGGGGAAGUCUGGAGUGGUUAAACAAUUACUUCCUCAUAAGACAUGCCCAAGAGGAAGAGAGGUGCUUUUCAGUCAUGGAGCUGCUCUCCUAAGCAUGAGGAGGAUCAUGCUUUCCUUCCUCUGCUUGCUGAUGCACCUGCUUCAGGAUGAGAUAACUUCACUUUUACUUACGGAAAACCAAGACCUGCAAGACUCAAUUAAGCCGCAGAAGGUAGAGUUUCGUUCGUUAAACUUCAACAGCACUUUGCAUUGGCAGCCUGGGUGGGCCAGAGAGGCAAGAGACACACUCUACUUUGUGCAGUAUAAAGUUUAUGGGCAGACCACAUGGCAAAACAAAGAUGACUGCUGGGGAAUUCAAAGCCAUGUCUGUGACCUAACACAUGAGACCUCUGACAUCCGGGAGCCUUACUACGGAAGAGUGAAAGCCGCAUUGGCUGGUGUCUAUUCCAACUGGAGCCUCAGCUGCAGAUUCACUCCCUGGCGAGAAACUAUAAUAGGACCUCCAAUAGUAACUGUGGUUCAUAGCAACAAAUCCAUUGUAGUAAAGCUCCAGCCUCCACGUUCUCCAUAUAAAAGGAAGAAAGGCAGCAAGAUACCAAUGACAAAUUAUUAUGGUCUGCUGUAUCAAGUCUUCAUAAUUAACAACUUGCUAGAUGAGCAACACAGAGUUCUGGUGUAUGAAGGAAAAGACAAGGUUAUUAAAAUAAAAGAUUUGAGGCCUGGAGUCAGCUACUGCAUCGUGGCUAAAACAUACGUGCCCAUACUGGACCGCAGCAGUGCCUACAGCAGCAGGCAAUGCACUGUGCUGCACUGACAGGAAUAAUGGCAGAAGAUGCUUUCCAUCACAGAUCCAGCUGUAAAUCAACAUCUGUUGUCUAUGUCUGGAAUACAUAUUUGGACACUUUUCAAACUAACCUUUGCUGCAUUAAAUUAUUUGAUUCCUCACAAUCAUUUUAUGCUACAUGAAGGUCAAGGAUUGUUUGUAUGUCCUAUAUUACAAUUUAUGAUGGUAUAUAUUUGCAUUUUCAAAGGAAACAGUCUUGUAAUAUAAAAGAAAAAACGUGCAAAAAGCAUUUGUGGAA